ACCCAACCAAAAAAGAAAAGGAAAGAAAGAGAAUCAGAAUAUCCAAAAGCAUAUGAUAAGCGAAACAACUAAGAAAUAAAAAGCAUAGUUUAUAUAUCCAUGGAAUAUUCUCCAUAUAGAUGCCUAAAUCCGAGCUUCUCUUCAAUUUCCAAUAUAAAAACUUGCUAUUUCUCCCCCAAAACAAUGCAUUGUUACAAAUUAUUAAACCCUCUUCCUUUAACCUUAGGCAAAUUCUCUCAUUCUAAUACACCCUCUUUAAACUCCAUUAAAAUGGCUUUAAAAGCUGUUCAUGUUUCCGACGUACCUAAUCUUAUUGAUCAAGUCACGGAUAAUAAUGUUUCUUUCUCUCUAUUAUCCCCUCGAUUCUCUGCCACAUCCAAAGGAAUGGAGGUGGAGGUGGGGAAUAAAAGUAGUUUGUUGAAAGAGGGGAAAUUUAUGGUGAUAGGACAUCGUGGGAAUGGGAUGAAUAAAUUACAGUCUUCAGAUCCCAGAUUGAAGUCUAUUAAAGAGAAUUCUAUUCUUUCUUUUAAUACCGCUGCUUCUUUCAACCUCGAUUUUGUUGAGUUUGACGUUCAGGUGACAAAAGAUGGCUGCCCAAUCAUUUUCCACGACGACCACAUUCUCUCUGAGGAAAAUGGCAUAGUAUAUGAGAAGAGAGUGACAGAUCUAAAUUUAAGCGAGUUUCUUGGCUACGGUCUACAAAAAGCUGGAAAGGUCUCAAAACCACUAAUGAGAAAAAACAAGGAUGGCAAAAUCAUCAGGUGGGAUGUUAACUCAGAUGACACCCUUUGCACUUUGCAAGAAGCCUUCGACAAGGUUGAACCCAAGUUAGGUUUCAACGUCGAGUUGAAAUUCGAUGAUCACAUUGUUUACCAAGAAGAUCAGCUCAUCAAUGUUCUCCAUUCCGUCUUGCAGGUUGUCUAUGAGUAUGCCAAGGACAGACCUAUAAUAUUUUCGACAUUCCAACCAGACGCCGCCCUGCUAGUGAGGAAACUACAACGAACAUACCCUGUGUACUUCUUAACAAAUGGAGGCACUGAGGUUUACUAUGAUGUAAGACGAAACUCGUUAGAAGAAGCCAUAAAACUUUGCUUGGAAGGUGGUUUACAAGGCAUUGUUUCUGAGGUUAAGGGUGUUUUUCGAAACCCUGGAGCUGUGAGCAAGAUUAAGGACUCUAAGCUCUCCCUCCUCACUUACGGCAGUUUAAAUAAUGUGCCAGAAUCUGUAUACCUGCAACAUCUAAUGGGUAUUGAUGGAGUGAUAGUAGAUUUUGUUAAAGAUAUUACAGAAGCUGUAAAUAAUCUAAUUAAGUCAGUUAAGGCAGAGGAAGAAGUUUCAUCAAAGGAAUUUGGUUCGAAGCCACAAUUCUCUCAGACAGAGCUUUCUUUUCUGCUUAAGCUCAUUCCUGAGCUGAUACAGCAGUAAAUUGGUUAAUUGUAGCAAGGAAGUUGUAUUCAGAUGAGAAGUUUUCUUAAUUCUGUACUAUUUUUUCUGUGGGAGUUGUCUAUUUUUACACCCUUUGGGAUUGAUUUACCACCACUCACUAGUUAGUAACUGAGUUUAGAGGCAGCCAUUGUAUCAUUAUUAUUUACUUCUAACAGUGUACAUAAAAGUUUAGCCUCCUUUGAGAUGUAUCAAUAUGAAAAAGUAUGCGAUUUGUGCUGGCAUUUUUAGUAUUAACAUGAAAGAGUAAGCUAUAAUUAUACUUGUUCUGA